GUGAGAGAGGAGGAUUGUAUGCCACAGGGCAGUGAGGUGCCAGCCACAGUGCCAGCCACAGUGCCAGCCACAGUGCCAGCCACAGCGCCAGCCACAGUGCCAGCAUGUUGUCUUUUGCUACUGUCGCAGUCUGCCUCCUCCUCACAGCAGGUGGGAGCAGUGAGGCGGUCCAGAAGCGGUGGGUGAGGACCUGGGACCUGGAUUCUUUAGACAACUGGCAGGAGAGACGUCUUCCUUGUGCUGGCAAGGCUGCCUCCUGCCGCUACUUUAAUACCUCGGUGUUCCUAGGGAACAUUUUGACACUUGGGUCACUGGAGCUGCCUCUUGAGGGUGAACUCAUCUUUGGAGAGGGAGCCAACAUGGUGUUCGAUCACACGUACGGGACACUUAUCACUAAUUAUCAGAAAGAUGCCAGAUGGACGCACCGUGGUAGGGACCAGUGGUGGGAUCCAGAUGCUUGGUCGUACCCAGGCUUCGACGACCCAGACACAUCACCUGUACCUCACAUCAACCGCAUCCCUUGUACCACUGACGGUGCUGUCUUCACUGACACCAGCGGCUCGCUGUACAGGGUCCACCUCUCCCCGCCAGUCAUCUCUCUCACCAGCCUCUCCAUUGGCAAUAAGAAUUUCACCACCUCAGAGUUUGCAGCAUACACCAGAAGCACCGAGGGAAAAUAUAGAUUUAUUGGGGUGUCCUCAAUCAGGGACAAUGCUCCCUUGUAUGUGGAGAGUCCUGAGGUCUGUAGAGAUGUAACAGGUUGUUCGUGUGGCACCGAGGCUGCUGCUUCCAUCAUCUGUAGUAUCAAGUCCAAGAAGUGUGUACCACCUCGGUGUGACAGCCCAAUACAUAUGACAGGGUUCUGCUGUCCAAUGUGUGGUGCUGAGGUGACUAUAAGUCACAAUAACACACUGCCACUUGCUAAUGUGGUGGCACUGCUGAGGGAUCACCUCAACACUCCUGCCAUCCAACAUGUAACAGGAUAUGUAACAAAAAUGCAUGAUGGACAUUUUCACGUUUAUUUCACAGCUGUUAAUGAAAAAGGGAACUAUAAGAUAGCAUCAGAAGCCUUCAUAAUUAAAUUUAAUCAAGAGCUGAAUGUAGGUGGGACACAUGAAUUAUUAAUAACCAACUCAGGGAUCAUCACCCCCAGUAUAAGUAAGAAGUUAGCAACAAACAGUGUUGCUGUUACCCUCACGGUCCUUGCUGUGUGUGCCGUUGUCGCCCUUACUCUCUACCACUUCAAGAAGCGCAGGGCAACAUCUAGAUUUUCUUUUAUGUUCCACCGUCUUGAGAACAGUAGUCGACGAGUGUCAGUGGCGAGUAACAUGGGAGGAAGACGAGCAUCUACUACCUCUAGUAUCUUCACAUAUAGCAGAGAAGGUGGAUUAAGGUUCUUUAACCCUAUUUUCAACCAGUCCAUGGCAUCUCUAGCAGGGGCUGGUGUGACAUCAGUGAGCAAUGAUCCCAUACACAUCCCUGCAACAGAACAAGUGGAAGGGCAGCGGGAGAACCCUAUGUAUACCGCAUAUCAGAACAUGACUCCGGAGGAACGCCAGGUUUCAGAGGAUGCGGUGCGUACCCGGGAGAGAAUCCUGGAGGCUGCAGGUGAACUUUCUGCUUCCACUGAUGCUUUAGCAACUCACAAUAAAGAGAUGAAAACAACAGGUCCAUCAGCAAGUGACCUUGAGGUAAUAGAAGAGGAAGAUGCUAAGAAUGACAUAAGUGAUCAACAUAAGGAAACCAAGGAAAAUACUGAGAGGAUUGACGAUAAUAGAGACCCUCUUGGAGUAGCUAUAAUUACCUCACUUGAAGAUCAAAUUGACAGAAAUUUUCUUGAUGAUACCAAUAAUACUACAAAGCUUGAAGAUCAUAAAGAAAAUGCAUGCACAUUCAGUGCUUCCAUUCAAGAAGAAUGUUCCUCUGACAAAAGUGGUAUGGAAAGUGAAAUGACUGUCAAGGAUCCUUUAGAUGUUGAUGAUAAUCAAUCUAAUCAAUUAACAGACAGACAACAGCUUGCAGAAACUAAUGAUACUGAGGCACAGCUACCCAGGGUUUUUGAGCUAAAUAAUUCUACUUCUAGUUCUUCGUCUGGUGAUGAUACCUCACCUGCACUUCAAGAUCUUGCAGGUUUUACUCCUUGUGUCAAUUUGGAUUUUAGUAAUUAGAUUCUAACAAUUUUUUUUUUUAAUUACAGUGAAAUCAUAUGCUUGUUAAGAUUAUUAUACCUUCAGUGUACAAUUACAUAUUUCCACCCAGGAAAACUAUACAGUACUUGUAGUUAAAUUUACAUUAAAAUUAUAUUCUUUGGUGUUUCAUGAGUUAAUUUAUAUUUUUAUUGUCAGAAUUCUUAUCCUUUUAUGUAUGAAACUGCAGUAGCAGCAAUUUAACAACCAAGUAUAAUAAUGACUAAUAAAUGCAUUUUAAAAUUUAUUGAACAUCUUUGUGCCCUUUUUACUAGUUCUGUUCGAAAAGAGGUAAUAGUGACUUGAAAAAUAUGAAGUCUGAUGAGCAUAAAUUAAAAAAAAAAAAAAAAAAAAAAAAAAA